AUGACAGAAACGGCAGUCGGCGCAAACGUCGUGCAAACCGCCGGCUCUAAACGCAAAAGGAGUCACAUUCUAGGCGUCAUAUCUGACCUCGAGCGCCGCCUCCCCUCAAUCAAAGGUGAUACAGUAGCGGCGGCGGCGCUUGCCGACUCUGUUCGCCGCCAGAUUCUCCAGAAAGAUUCGAAUCAGUUCAACGGUGACGAAUCGGCUCAUAGAUCUGCCGUUCUCCUGUGGAACCUUGUUAUUCGACUCGAACGCGACGCAGAAAAGACCGCAGUCCCUACUGAGUACAAGAAUCUCCUUCUCCACAGCCGAGUGCUCUCUUUUGUAGUCAUUGACAAAAGAACGAGCUCUGAUGCAGCCGGUUCCGUGGGGAAGGAAGAGCCAUCCGUUGCGUCACUUGUACUGUAUGCUCUCAACGUCGCAGUACGGGCAGCAAAGGCGUGCAUCGGCUCAGAUGGAGAAGACACGGAACUUGGCCAUAUGGUCCUCGAGAGGGUUACAAAGUACAGGCAAAGAUUGGCCAAGCUUCUUGCCAGUUGUGAUGAUGACAACUCCAAACGUCUCAAGCCAAAAGCCGACAAGCUUGGGAUCAGUCACCUGGCUCUGCAGCUGACGCAGUUAUGGAGAGAAAAUCGUCCCGUAGAUGCCGACCGACUGUACACAGAAGAGAUGAGCAACUUGAGAGAAGACUCAUUUAACACCGAAUCUCUAGAAUUCAUGGCUGCGGCACUCUUCCGCAUCGGAAAGUCGCUCCUCUCCAAGAGGGAUUUUGCGUCUUCCGUCACAUGGCUAGACCGAGCCAGAGAAUCACUUUCCAAAAUGGACGAGACUACGUUGUCUUCAGGCACGAAGGAGCUCCGUCUCUCCGUCACAUAUUCGCUUGCUAUUGCAUGUCUCGGUCUGCAAACACCACCCGGAAACAUGCGCGCCAGGGAGCUCACGCAUGGCCUACGAACUGUCGUCACGAGAGACAACGAUAGCCGGGUACAACUGAUCCAGCUGGAGCUCCAUGCGUCAUCACUAUCAGAAAGCUUCGAUGCUACUGGCUAUGCCGACAUCCUCCUCCAAAUGAUCGGUGCCUUUAAGUCGUCUUUGGAUGAAUUUAAGCUGCUACACUUUCACAUUCAAAAACUGCACAGUAAAAGCCCGGGCCUCGGAUGCAAGGUCCUCGAUGAGUUCAUGCUAUCUUUGCGCCAUAGGGACGAUGUCAUGGAAUGGAUCGAAAAGUUGAUCAUUACGCGUGUCUGGUUACUUGCACACCAACGUGAAACAAAAGAGGAACUCGAUGCAGUUCAGAGCGUUCUGUCCAAAUUACGAAUAUCGAUUGGAGCCGACACGGCCUCUGCAGCUCAGACGUUGAUAUGGAAGCGCAUAGAGCAAGGGUACCAGGAGAGACUUUUUGCAACGGCUAUUCAAUGGUGUCGCCUUGCCCUGUGCCAUAUUUUUGAGGCGAGUGGGCGGGCCAAUAGGACUCUAAUCGAAAGGUUAGAUCUUCUCGACUAUUGA